AUGUCCUCUCCACCCCCAGAGCCGCUCUUCACACCCCGCAAGGAGUUCAUACGCGACCAGCAGCCUCAGACGCGGAACACCUUCGCACUUCUCGCGCUCUCUAGUGCAAAUUGUGUUCGCCUGUACUCGUUUUCAGCGGCUGCUGCCGCGGCUGUGCGCCGCUUAUUGGAGCAGACGCUUCCUAUCCUUAUGGUUCGCGAGGACACCGUUCAGAAUCUCUGUGAGUACACAGUCGAUGGAAAACCAUGGGCCAACGCCAAAUCCGUCGCUACCGAGAAGCUCCUCGUCGACAUCAUCGCCCUCAUUUACCAGUGCGGCUAUACAUAUCUGUCAACCAUUGAUUAUGGAAGAGAAGCGGAUGAUCGUCUCGCUAUGGCCUUCUCGAAAGCAGACAUCAAUCCUCCUUCCAGCCGGACCGCCACCCCUCUCCCACCUUCAUCCUUAACUGCGCGAAAUGACAGUUCACGCAGCUCCCUUGGCGAAAAACCCAAGGCCCGCCGCAUUCCAUUUGCAUUGUCUUUCUCAUCCGUGACGCUCAUGAGAGUAAUUUCACCGCCUCUCCAUCUCACUCCGGCAAUUUUGCAAGCCGUUCGAGGAUCCUGGCCUCGUGGAGUGGUGUCUGAGAAGAAGGUCGGAGAGAACUCCUAUGAAUUUAAGCUCAAGGGUUAUGGGUGGUUUCAGCAGGACACAUUCGCGACUGACUCCCUCCAGCACAUCCUUGCCUUAUUAACCUCCCUCGAUUCACAUUCCUUUUCCCUAUUGACGUCUAUCUCACUCACCAAUCGUUCUCGAGUCAAGGAUUUGUGGAUUUUCACCGGUCCUGGCCCAGAAGACGGCACCGAAGUGCUGGAAAAUGUUCUUAAUGCCAGCCAGCCAUCUCUCAAGCGCACCUUACUGACAGCUGGGACAAGCAGCGAAUCGCAACCCAAUGCUCAACAGCAACAGCACCGACGACUAGCUACUGAACCUCUGCCUCCUAUCCCACAUUCGCCUAAUCCACAGCAUACGCGUGCUGCGACUGACAGCUCGCUACGACCUAACUUCCCUGCUCAACCUCAUGUUUUACGCAAACCUGCACCUAGGGCCCAGAUUCCCGUCUCAGUGGUGCAGGACUCUGACCUGCCUGAACAACAGCAACAGCCACUUAUUCGGGCCCCCAUGCCUAGUACCAUCUCCACAGGAGUCGAGAAUAUGACGGGUGUUGGGUCUGGGGGUGGUCGCACUCCCGACGUGUUCUAUGACACCCCUCCUUUCAGUGCAAACAGCCAAACGCACUUCUCACUGCCUGUUCCAGUAUCUCCUUCACCGAGGCCCAUGAGAAAUGUUCCAACGGAUGUUGAGCGACCACUGCGACCUGUUUCUGACAGGGCAAAGACACCUCCACUCUUGAUCUCCAGAUCACCUCCCCCCUCGCCUCCCAGAGGUUCAUCAUCGCCGCAUAACUCCAAGCCUUCUACGCCCAUCGUAGAGUCGGGACCCUCUCCGCCUCUGCUCGGAGGUGGCGCCUUUAGAGACUCCGCGUUUUCGUCGAGUAGCGGGGCGACCGUCGAGAUUCCCAUCCAGUGGACAGGCCCUUUGAAGGAAGAAUUCAAAUUCGACCAGGAGAAACCGCCCAGACUGAAGUCAAGCCGCCUUUCGAGUACUCCCAUGUUUCCUGGUGGUUGGCAGCCAACUCCCAUCGCAGAAAAGGCAGAGGACGAGACUGGCAUACCGGCACCACCUGUGCAGCAGACACAGCAGACAACGCCUAUUCACGAACUCGACUCUCGUAUAGAGUCACCGGAGAUCAUGCAACCCGACGUGGCGCUGAGAAAGAGUGAAGCAGCUUUGGUCGGCAUCAUACAGUCGACGUCGUCCCCUCCUCCUGUACCCUCUAUGCAUCAGCCGGAAAGGAAGGAUACAACUGCAUCGAGUCCUGGAGGGAAAGGAUGGGUUCUUGUCAACGUGGACAACAACGCUGUGAACGGGACAGCUCAGCAAGCAGCCACCAACAGCGAACCUCAGGCAACUUCCUCUCCAGAAGGCCCCAUUCCUGGAUCGCCCAAGCCUAAUGGAGUCGCCAAACCCAAUACGCCCGUGCCUGAGCAGGCAUCUCCUGCAGCUAAAGCGAUCGUGAUCAUUGACGCAAUGGAAUCAAAGCAUAAGAAAUCGCAGUCGGCUUCCAAGAAUAAGGAAGAGGGCUCUUCAGGCCUCAAGCGGUUCUUCUCUCUGAGUAGGAAGAACUCGGUGCGGGGGCCGAAGAAGUGA